AUGAAAACUGAAAUUGGUGGCCAGGAUUCCCAAAAAGAGUCCCUCUUUUGCAAAUGGCAAGGGGCUCUGCACGCAUUGUUCCAGCAGAACCCGUACCCAGGCAUCGCCACCAGAGAACGACUGGCCCGAGAGCUAGAAGUUCCAGAAUCCAGGAUCCACGUAUGGUUCCAGAACUGGCGCACGAGACCGCUAAGGCAGAGCCGACUGCGGUCUGCCAAAUCCGAAAGGGGAAGGGCCACCACAUGGACAGGAACAGCCUCCAUCUUGGACUCAAGAGAAGCCACGUGGAAGGACGGCUCACUUGCAGUGGUGAGAAGACUGUGGUCUGAUCUGAGAGUGUCUGGGAGGUCUCUGGAGGGGAAUGGCACUUCUGCACAUAGGACAUGGAGGGAAGAACAGAGCUGCAGCCACAUUGGGGUCCAAGGCCAGCCAGCCCAGAGGAGUCUGAAGUCUGGACUUGAGGCUGGAGCCUGUCCUGUCAACAGGUGGUCUGUUCCAUCCAUAUCGGUGAGCUUUCAGGGCCCUGGCAUGUGUGCAACACGGAGCGACCACUCUGGGAAAUCGCCUGCCAGAGAAGGUGUCCACGUGGAAGCUGGCAGGAGUAAACCAGCCAGCAGGCUUUUGCUCAUGGCCUUGGAGGCCAAGGCCCCAGGGGCUCUGAUCUGCAAGGACAUCCUCACAUAA